ACUUGAGAUCGAUCGAUCGACCUUUAGAGUCAUGCUUACCGCUGCGGCCGCAGCGUACAUGGGCGCCGGCAGCAUCGUGGAAUGGCGGGACGAAGAGGAAAGCGACAUCUCCGUCCAAGCCUACCUAGUUUACCCUGAUGCACAUGUGGGUCGCAUCAUGACGGGCGUGGUGAUCGUCCCUGAUUGUGCUGGCUUCCGUACGCCGUACGUGUGCACGUUCGCGGACAAGCUCGCUGAACAAGGGUACAAAGUCAUCGUGCUGGAUCUACCCGUCACCACGGCGACGUCGGAUGAAUGGACCAACUCGGGUACGUUCCGCAAGUGGAAAGACACUGCAGCAGCUGUGGAAGCGUCGACGGUGCGGUGGGCGCUGCGAUGCCGCGACCUGCUCAAGCAAACGUACGAAGUGCAGCGCGUGGGCGUGCUUGGGCUCGGGUAUGGCGCUGAAGUCGCGGUCCGCAUCGCGAGCUCCUUUGACGCCGUCGCGCUCCUCAGUCCCACCGCGCUUCCUCCACCCUCGUCGUCGACGACUCCCACGUUGUUGGUCACAGGCGACCGCAACGAAUACAUCGACUCUUCCAAGAUCAAAUCGUUUGUCGAGAGCUUUCCAUCGACCUCCAACAGUGUGCGCGUGCGGGUCGUACCCGGACAACGUCAUGGGUUCGCCCUGAGCCGCAUCGCCGACGAGGACGCCGCGACGUUAGCCAUCGCGGACAUCUUGGACUGGUUCAUCAUCCACCUGCACCGCUUCCGCACGGCGCUGUGCACGAGCGACGGCGAUCCGUGGUGGCCACAAGGGAAGAAUGGACCGUUUUACAACGUUGGACUGGGCCAAUGGCAAGCCCAGCGGGCGGCGUGGCGCGCGGUCACUCGACCGAGGCCGCCGAAACCGGCGCCGGUGUCACCGGCAGUGCUGUUUGAAGACCUGUCGUCCAUGAAGCGAACGUACGACCUGCCCCAUCCCAUGACAUUGGCCGACCUGGUCGAAAUCUACGUGGACAUUUGGGAUAUCAAUCAGUAGUAAAGUCCUGCUUAGAUAUGAUUGGAUGACGGACGCGUCUGAUUCCGC